CGUGUAUGUUUACGGCAGCUGGAGCAACGAGACUCAGCUGGCUCUAGUAGUGCUGUUGACGAUUAGGUCUCGAAAUGUCGACGAAAGCGAGUGCGACGACGAGCAUCGAGAGCGAAAGCUUGGUCUGAUAAAAACCGUAAGAUUGCAUCAUUUCCCCGUCUCGUCACUUACACAUUCUUUAAUUCCGAAUCAUUCCUUGCGAGAGUCUCGCCAUGGUUCCCCAGAGUGCUUCGCCCGCCCAUAUUCUCCGUUCAACCACGCCGCUGAGAGCACCCAAGCCGUGUCAUUCAAUUGCUCCCGCCGCCGCUGUAGCUGCGAUUGCGCGAGCAGUGACGGAGCAGACGGACGCGUCGAAUUCUAAAACGACUGACUCCAUUAUCAGUGGUAUCAUCGUCCAAGGCGAGCUAAGCGUCUACGUAGAGCGCUUCGAGAGCAUAUCUAGCGCUUCGUGCGCCAGCAAUCUUGAAGAAACUCGCGUGCGCGUUCUUGGCCGCAGAUGUGGCUCCCCGCGGCGAACUCGGGUUACAUGUUUCGCUCGAGACGAUGACCACCAUGAUACUGACACUGACGUGACGGACACGUCGUGCGCGUCCAAUGAUACGUCAUCCGGAAAAAGCGAGCCUGUCGGCGUGAAUUCUGCUGCUGAUGGCCAUCUCCAUGGUGCGAGGCGACUCCAGGUCCUGGGAGCGCGCAACGGAACCCCACUGCGUCAAAGAGAGGACUAUAGUACAAGGGCCCCUCAUUUAUCAUCUCAUGAUGUACAUGAUAGAAACCGAGUAUUUUCAUUAUCGUUUUAGGGUUUGUUUCAAGGAAAUAACAUUCUUCGCCCUUCACCCACGUGUUUCCAAUAAUACCAUGUGCUAAGU